UAGAGCUACCUCCACCGGACCAAAUAACGACGUCCUGGCGGACUGGCGGUGCCUCCCACUAGCGACCUGAAACGAUAGUAAAUGGUGAGCUCUUUCUUGCGUUUAUUAAAACCAAACCAGACCGGAUAUUAUGACAUUCGUAAAAGCCCGUCAUGGCGUCUCCGUACAAAUCUUCUCAACCCUGUUGCUACGCGGGCUCGUCAGAUUCCAGUAGGUCAAUGGUGGAACAAACACGCGAGGCGGCUCCUGAGGGACGACCACGAUUAUCCUUUUCCAUUGCAGACUUUUUUAUACCUUGAUGUUCUCUCCAGUCGUUUGCAACUUCUACGUCUCUUUUAUCAGCAGUCGCUCCUUUUAUGCUAAGCGAACCCUUUCAAUGUCAUCUCGAUUUGGACUUGAUGUGGUGUCAGAGGCCGGUGCUUUCGUUCGUGCUCCCUCUAGUUUUCGUAAUUUUAUUUCAAAAGAUCAGGCAUCCCAGUUCCCUGCAGAAUCAGGAAGAUACCAUCUUUAUGUAUCUUAUGCAUGCCCAUGGGCAUCUAGAUGUCUGGCAUAUUUGAAACUCAAAGGACUUGAUAAGGCCAUCAGUUACACGGUUGUCAAAUCCAUAUUGGAAAGAACUAAAGAGACUGAUGAUCAUUUUGGAUGGGUCUUUCCUGCUUCUAGCACAGAAGAAACAGGGGCUGCUCCUGAUAUGUUGAAUGGUGCCAAGAGUGUCAGGGAACUUUAUGAACUUGCAAGCUCAAAUUAUUCAGGAAGAUACACUGUCCCUGUUCUUUGGGAUAAAAAACUCAAAACUAUUGUAAAUAAUGAGAGUUCAGAAAUAAUCCGUAUGUUCAAUACAGAGUUUAAUGAAAUAGCUGAAAAUGCUGAUUUGGACUUGUAUCCCUCUCACCUACAAGCAGUCAUUGAUGAGGUCAAUGAAUUGGUUUAUGACUCAAUAAACAAUGGUGUUUAUAAGUGCGGGUUUGCUGUAAAGCAAGGACCUUAUGACGAGGCUGUAGUGAAGUUAUAUAAUGCCUUGGACAAAUGCGAGGAGAUACUGAGCAAGCAACGCUAUAUUUGUGGGAGUGAUUUGACGGAAGCUGAUAUUCGUCUUUUUGUUACUCUGAUAAGGUUUGAUGAGGUUUAUUCCGUUCAUUUCAAAUGCAAUAAGAAACUCCUACGCGAAUAUCCAAAUCUGUUCAAUUACACCAAAGACAUUUACCAGAUUCCUGGCAUCAGCAGCACCGUUAACCUGGAACACAUAAAGAAGCACUACUAUGGAAGCCAUCCCAGUAUUAAUCCGCAUGGAGUCAUUCCAAUUGGUUCCAGCACAGAUUACUCUGCUUCCCAUGACAGAGACAGGUUUAAUAAUUAACUUUGUUUGAGCUACCAUAAUUUGGGUUGAGUAUAAUCCAUUUUGGUAAAUCUUGCAGAAGAGAGAGAGAGAGAGAGAGAGAGAGAGAGAGAGAGAGAGAGAGAGAGAGAGAGAGAGAGAGAGUGAAUGCCAUUGUUAUGUGUUGAAUAGACUGCUUGGAUACACAGAUAAGCUGCUUCUGGCUGAGUCCAUUAUGGAUGCUGUUAACUGACAAGAUGGUAUAUUUGUCUGUUUAUUUGGUGUCCUAAUAAAAUUAUUGCACUUCCUUUGUCCAAAUAGUAAAAGGCAUAAUAAGAUGAUGAUUA